AUGUCUGAUGAGCGUUUCAGUCCAGGCAAGCAAAUUUUGAAACCUUACAUUACUGGUAGUGCUUUCUCUCCAGCUCAUUCGCUAGAAUCAUUUGCAAGUGUCAAUGAUGAUCAUGAUACCAAUAAAUACGAUACUGCUCCAAAUUCAUUAUUUGAUUCGCUCAAUGUGGAUUCCGAUGAAUUGCAAUCUAACACUUAUAAAGAGCAAUACUUGAAACAGUUGGAUGAGCAUGAAAUGUUUAUGGAGUUGAUUAAAGAUAUUUCUGAAGAAUUAGACAUGAUCAAGCUAACCCAUAAAAUAUUGGUCAAUGUCAAUAUCUUAACUAAUAGUGAUCGUUGUUCCUUAUUUCUUGUGCGAGGGAGUAAUGAUCGCAAGGUGUUGGUUUCCAAAUUAUUUGAUAUUACUUCUAACUCAAUCCUUGAUAAAGCCCAAUCCAGGAAAGAAAUUCGAGUUCCUUUUGGUAAAGGUAUCGCUGGCACUACGGCAGCGACUGGCGAAGUUAUUAAUAUCGUUGAUGUCUACAAUGAUUGCAGAUUUUAUUCAGAAAUUGAUAAAAAUACUGGCUAUCGUACCAAAAGUAUCUUAUGUAUGCCCAUUAAGAAAAAGUCAGGUGAAGUUAUUGGUGUUGCUCAAGUUAUCAAUAAGAAAAAUGGCGAAGAGAAAUUUACGGCGAAAGAUGAAAAGGUACAACUAAAAUUUUCAUUAAAAGCAGAUUACAAUUUAAGAUCAGAAAGACUAGUUUUUCAGAAAUAUUUGGUAUUUUGCGCAAUUGGAAUUGCCAAUGCGGAUAUAUAUGAAACUUCAUUAGUAGAAUCGCAAAGAAAUCGCGCAUUGCUAGAACUUGCACACGGAAUUUUUGAAGAACAACAUGACAUGGACCGAAUUAUCCACACGAUUACUGUUGAAGCUAGACAGCUGUUGAAUUGUAGAAGAUGUACAAUAUUCCUAGUCGACAACGAUAUCCAUACCUCAAGCAACGAUAUAUCCCUGGGUAAAGUUUAUGAUCUGGAUAUUCGAGAUGGUGAGACGAAGGAAAAGAUUAAAAAAGUAAGGUGCAUUCCAGGAACUCGCGGGCUGUAUAUUGGAUUAGUAAAACAAGUGGCAAGGACGGGAAAGACAAUCAACAUUGCUUUAUUACACAACGAUGAAAAUAAGGACACUGAGAAAUUCGAUAAAGAAUUCAAUGAAAACGUUCUUUGCAUGCCCAUUUUUGGUAAAAUUCCAACCCAAAAGUCGACAAGUAUCGCUCAGUUGGUCAACAAAUUGGAUGGAAUGCCAUUCGACAGCAAUGAUGAAAAUCUAUUUGAAGCUUUUGCCAUAUUUUGUGGUUUAGGAAUUUAUAAUUGCUUAAUGUUUACUCAUGUUACUCAACUGCUGGCCAAGCAAAAUGUUGCUUUAGAGGUGUUAUCAUAUCAUGCCUCCGCUUCGCCAACUAAAGCCAAAGCUUUAGCGAUAGUAGAAAUUCCUCCAGCAAUGGAAUUAAAUCUUACUGACUUUGGCUUCGAUGAUGCCUUACUGGAUGAUCACCAGUCCUUGUUGUCUUCCUUACGAAUGUUUUUAGACUGCGGAUUUGCAAAACGAUUUAAAAUUCCUAAAGAGACCUUGUGCCGAUGGAUUUUAAGUGUCAAAAAGAACUAUCGAAGCGUCUGUUACCAUAAUUGGCGGCAUGCAUUUAAUGUUGCUCAAAUGAUGUUUACAAUUAUGCAGAGUACUACAAUCCUCCAGCAUGUCUCCAAAGUAGAGGCGUUUGCCUUAUUAAUUGCCUGUUUUUGUCACGAUUUGGAUCAUCGAGGGACUAGUAACAGUUUUGAGUUAGAAUGUAAUUCACCAUUGGCUAAAAUAUAUGGCACAUCAACGAUGGAGCAUCAUCAUUUUGAUUACAGUCUCAUGAUUUUAAAUAGCGAGAACAACAAUAUCUUAGCUGCUGCUAACGACAGUGAAAGGCGAGAAAUUCUUAAUAUAAUGGAGCACGCUGUGGUAUCAACAGAUUUAGCUCUUCACUUAAAAGAACGUGAUCAGUUUUUGCAAUUAUUACGAUCAAGGACUUUAGACCUUACUCAAUAUGAACACAGGAAGUUAUUAAGGGCUAUGUUGAUGACUGUUUGCGAUUUGGGAGCUAUAACAAAACCUUGGCAUAUUCAAUAUAGAGUCGCUCAAUUAGUUGCGGAAGAAUUUUUUACCUUAGGAGACAUGGCGAGGCAUAAGUUGAAUAAGCAACCCACUGCGAUGCUGGAUAGAAAUAAGAGAGAAUUACUACCGAAGAUGCAAAUUAAAUUUAUUGAUAAUGUUUGCAUACCAAUUUAUGAGGUAAAAAGAGUGGAGUGA